UGUAUUUACCUUUUAUUUUGCCUCAGUCUCUGUUUCCUUCUCUGUUCAUGUGCGUUUUUAUUUUGAUCAAAUAUUUUUUGUCUGUAUCUGCUAUUGUAUAACCAUGGACAAUAUUAAUGCACUGCAUAUAGCUUUAUCACCUCUCUGUCUUUCCAGCACUCACAGCCUGAACCUUUGGACCUUGCUAAAGGAAUAAACCUGUAGCUGCUGGAGAGAGUGGUGAUUUCUGUGUUGUGCAUGAAACCCUACUGAUGAGAUAUGGAGGUCUCAAAAAAGUUGUUGAACUCAAUUACACACUGUGUGGACGAUGCAUUAGAGGGGCUGGUAAUGUGUAAUCCAGGACUGCAGCUUCUAGAGGGUCACCGUGUAGUAUUACGCUCUGACCUACAGAAUAUUCGGGGAAAGGUCACCUUGCUUUCUGGUGGAGGAUCUGGCCAUGAACCUACUCAUGCAGGGUAUAUCGGUAGAGGAAUGCUCACAGGUGCUAUCGCUGGAGCUGUUUUUACUUCACCACCCCCAAGCAGUAUCCUGGCAGCGAUCCGGGUUGUAGCACAGGCUGGGGCAGUUGGAGUGCUUUUGAUUGUGAAAAACUAUACAGGUGACCGACUGAAUUUUGGCCUGGCCCUGGAGCAGGCUAAGCUGGAAGGAAUCGAUGCAAGGAUGGUGAUUGUUGCGGAUGAUUGUGCCUUUGCUGCCCAGAAGAAGGCAGGCAGAAGGGGCCUAUGUGGAACUAUUCUUAUCCAUAAACUUGCAGGAGCUCUGGCAGAAAUGGGAAAACCACUGGAUGAAAUUGUGAACAGAAUUAUUACAGCUACAAAUGGAUUAGGCACAAUGGGGGUGAGCCUGUCCCCUUGCAGUGUUCCAGGAGCCAAACCAACUUUUCACCUUGCAGAAGAUGAGCUUGAACUUGGCCUUGGCAUCCAUGGAGAGGCUGGAAUCCGUAGAACAAAGAUGGCAACAGCUGACGAGGUUGUGAAAACAAUGAUAGAUCACAUGACUGAUCCUUCCAGCCAAUCCCAUUUAAAUCUAAAGGAAGGAAACCAUGUGGCAUUGGUGGUAAAUAACCUUGGAGGCCUCUCCAACUUGGAAUUGUGUGUUGUCAGCAGAUCUGCAGUGAUGUGUUUAGAGAGUCGGGGAGUCGUGGUUGAGAGGGCAUAUGUGGGUUCCUUCAUGACAGCCCUGGAAAUGGCUGGCGUGUCACUGACUCUACUGACUGUAGAUAAGACACUAUUAGAGCUCCUGGAUGCAGAAACUUCAGCUCCAGCUUGGCCUAAUGCAAGCAGAAUUACACUGAGUGGACAGAGGAGGAAGUUGCCUUCAAUGAGUCAGAAUCCUGUGGUGGACAUCUCUCCUGUCAAAGGUACCAGUUUGCCAGCUGUUAAACAUGUCUUGGAGAAGAUCUGUGUGACAUUGUUGGGAAUGGAGGAGAAACUUAAUGAACUUGACCGGGCGUCAGGAGAUGGAGACUGUGGCAGCACACAUGCACGAGCUGCUCGAGCUAUUCAGGAGUGGAUGGCAGAGGGGGCAAUUCCAGCACAACCCGCUCAACUCUUCACAACUUUGGGAAUGCUGAUUCAAGAGAAAAUGGGUGGUUCUUCUGGGGCACUCUACAGCCUUUUCUUAACUGCUGCAGCACAACCCCUCCAAGUUACAAGUGAGUCUGCUGCCUGGGCAGCAGCAAUGAAUGCUGGGAUUGAAGCAAUGAAGAAGUAUGGAGGUGCAGAACCUGGAGACAGGACCAUGCUGGACUCUCUCUGCCCAGCUGCACAAGAGCUUCAGUCCUUGCAUUCUUUUCCUGGAAGUGAACUCCAAGUCCUGUCUAAAGCCGUGCAGAAGGCGGAAGCAGGUGCUGAAGCCACCAAGGAGAUGACAGCUAAAGCUGGCCGGGCCAGUUACAUCAGUUCAGCACGACUCCUGCACCCUGACCCUGGUUCUGUGGCAGUGACUGCUAUCCUUCGGGCCAUUCUUGUGGCACUGGAAAAUGAGAAUUAAUACUUAUACAGCGAUCCCUUCUCAGCAGUGUUCACAGCAAGGACUAUGUGGCUACUAGUCAAGAAAUCAAUUUUUAUUAAAAGAAUGCACUGGUACAGCAAAUUUAAUCAUUCCAUAAAACAGCAGCUCAGAGGAGUAAAAACACUGGCUAUUUAAAGUGAAAUAACCGAUCUGUAGAUAAUUGUAAUAAAUUAUUAUGCAAAUGUACAUUGAAAGGAGCGAUCUGUGUAUUGUAAUAAACUACUGUAAAAUAAAAUGCUUUGCAAAUAAA